CUGUGCUGAAAUCAAAUAUUCAAACGGCAAAACAUUUAGCACACUAUUCUUGUACCUCUGAGACCAUGCCUUAAGUUUGAGGCCAAGUUCAGGACCCUGUUAAAAUGAACUUUCUGAUCUUAGUUCCGUCCCCAGUGAUUACUUGUCCUCAUUGAAAAACUCAACAUUCAACCUGACUUUUUUUUUUUUUAACUUAGAAAAGGCUGGAGUGUCCUGUUUAAAGAUAUGUUUCCUCCUGUAUAAAAAUAUUCCUUUGCAGUAUUUAUUGUAGGACCACAAGAGCCUUGUUCAGAUGCUAUGAAAGAGAGAAAGCAAAGGCGCAUGGUAGGAGAAGAGGUAUUGGAGAAAAAUAGUAUUUCUCUAGUGAAGAAAUGCAAGUGUUUUAGCAGGUCAAACAUAACCACGAACUUGGUAAGUUUAGCCAGCCUGUAAGGCAAAAUAUAAUGCCAUAAUUCCAGGUGAUUUUGAUUCUACUUGUUCUCAAGAACGAAAAAGCUGGUGGCCAAUUGGAACCAAGGCAGAACCCCAAAGUCUUGCACCCACUCUGCCUGCCUGGGGGCCAGGAGCCUUGGGCCCGCACUGGCUCACUUUCCCACAAACAGGUAUUUAUUUUUUAUUUAACCAUUUACUGAACACCAAAAUACCCUAGGUUAGCAUGUCAAUAGUAGAUAUACUGAAGGAACAGAUAAACUCACUCGUAAAUAAUCCUGGAGUUAUGUGCAAUGAGCUUGGAAGUCCCUGUUCUGUUCCAAACACUAUACUUUUUUAUUUUAUUCUCACAGAAACCCUUGAAGGUUGAUGUCAGUCUUCCCCCUCUUGCAAAGGGUAGUGAAAGCCUGAUGCUCUCCAGAGGAUGCUGCAGGGCUAGGAUUUAGUGUCACCUUUACCUGAAUUCAGAGUACCUCCCCUAGCAGUCUUCUCUUGCUAAGAUGGCACUUUCUGUAUGAUCUAUGAAGGUCUUGAACAUGGUUGUAUAUUCCAGGCUGACAUAUGUAUUAAUUAUAUAUAAUUCUGAAUAUGCCAGGCUGUCCUAACUCUGCUUCUUUCCAGCAGAGAGACAUUCAAGAUUGCCAUGUUCGCACCUCCAGAGACAUUCUCCAGCUUUCUCUCUCCUCUGCCCAUUCCAGCAAAAUCCCACUACUCAUUUCUGUGACCUGAACAUGCUUCGCUUUAUCCCAUUUAGCUGUGGCUUGGAGGGAUUGGUAACAGAAUCCAACCUGUAAAGUCAGAUAUGCAAAAACCUAACUUUCUCUCUAAUCCAUUAAAUUUCCACUUGGAUUCUUCUCUUUACUGGCAUUGAGGGAAGUUAAUAGAAGUCAAGCAGGGUCCAGUGCAAAAUGAAAAUGCAAGCCCCUGGUUCAAAAGUUAAUUUCAAGAUGAUGAUAGCAGAGAAUCAAACCAAGCACUGGCUCCUUCUGAGUGGAGAGUCCUGUAGCUGAAUAGG